UUAAACUCAUCUGGUGGAGGGGCUUAUGCAGCGUUUCAGUAGGAUCCAAUCGGGCAGGUAGCGCUUCUCGUUCGUGCUCCCCCCAGAGUCUCUACAGAUGGGACACAUGCUCACUGAAGACUGCAGAAAAUUCUAAGGCUAGGAAAUGAGCGAAAUGGCAAAACCAGCAACUAUAACCAGACCCCUGAUAUCUUCCAAGCGACAUAAGAGCAUAAGAAAGAAUUCCAGAAGGAUUUAUUCCCCAUAUCAAGACGAUAAUGGACCAUCUGAUGAUGAGGAUAAGGAUGGAGAAAGAGUGGACAGUAAUGAUCCAGAGGAGUCGUUCCAGAACAUUCAGCUUCAGAAGGAAAUCAUCGCCAACAUCCAAACUAAACCCUGGCCAAUAAGACGCAAGCUAAAAGUGCUCAAGCAAGCCAGAGAGAUUGUUCUGAAAUAUGAGGGCAGACUGACCAGGACGAGAGGUUACCAGGCAGCCGGGGCAGAGUUGCUGAAGAAGAUUUCCAGAGUCUUCUACAACAUUGUUGUCUUGUUCAUUCCCUGGGAGAUGAGGAUUAAAAAGAUUGAAAGUCACUUUGGAUCAGGUGUGGCCUCUUAUUUCAUAUUCCUGCGAUGGCUAUUUGGGAUCAAUAUAGUUCUCACUAUUAUGACUGGAGCCUUUAUCGUGCUGCCUGAGCUCCUGGCCGGCGCUCCGUUCGGUACCACCCGCAGCAAGACCAUCCCCAAGGAGCACCUUGCCUCCGCACAAGACCUGGACACCAUCUGGUCGCUGGGGGGAUAUCUACAAUACUCUGUGCUUUUUUACGGCUACUACGGCAAUGUGCGUAAAAUCGGCAGUGCCGGCUACAGACUACCCUUGGCCUAUUUUCUGGUCGGGAUGGCCAUUUUUGCCUACAGCUUCAUCACUUUGCUUAGAAAAAUGGCUAAAAACUCCCGCAUGAGUUUAGCUGGCACCUCAGACGAGAAUUACACCUUCUGCUGGCGUGUCUUCUGUGCAUGGGACUAUCUGAUUGGGAACCCAGAGGCGGCCGAGAGUAAAGGGGCGGCCAUCGUCAAUAGCAUCAGAGAGGCCAUUGUAGAAGAGCAAGAAAAGAAGAAAGACACAAGCCUAGCCGUACUGAUCAGUUUGCGGAUUCUGGCAAACAUUCUGGUGCUGCUGUCUCUGACUGGCAGCAUCUACAUCAUCUACUUUGUGGUGGAUCGCUCUCAGAAACUAGAGCAGGAGAAACCAGAGCUAACACUCUGGGAGAAGAACGAGGUGAGUGUGGUUGUGUCCCUCAUCACAAUGAUUGCUCCUUCAGCCUUUGAGUUAGUGGCUCAGCUGGAAAUGUACCACCCCAGAACAAGUCUCCGCUUCCAGCUUGCCAGAGUUCUGGUGUUGUACCUUGGAAACCUCUACAGUUUGAUUAUUGCCCUCCUGGAUAAAGUCAACAGCAUGAGCUCUGCUAUCACUGGGGGUCCAGGAAACCUGUCUGACUCAACAUCAUACCUAGCGACGAUUUCCCAGCCUACUGAGGACAACCUGUCCACCAUCGUCCCGGAUGUCACAGAGCGGCGGAACAGCACACUGACCGUGACUCUCCUGGACCUCAACAACAGCAUGACCACCAUCAAGAGCACCACAUCCUCCGCACAACCGAUGAGAAUGCAGUCUCUGCUAAACCAGACUGUCCUUUAUGAGUACAACACCAGAUCACAGCAGGACCCCUGCUGGGAAACAUAUGUCGGCCAGGAGAUGUUAAAGCUCUCCAUCAUUGAUAUGAUCUUCACGGUGGCAAGUAUCCUGCUUAUUGAUUUCAUCCGGGGACUGGUGGUUCGAUACUUGAGUGACUGCUGCUGUUGGGACUUGGAGAGCAAGUUUCCAGAAUAUGGUGAAUUUAAAAUCGCAGAAAAUGUUCUUCAUCUGAUAUACAACCAAGGAAUGAUAUGCUAUAGUGGCCAGGAGAAGAUUUACGACAUCAUUUCUGAAACCAUUGCCAAUGACUUUCCGCUGUGGUUCAGUAAAGUGAUGAGUUACGUCACCAGUCCUGUGGUGGUGCUGCCCGCUCUGCUGCUACUCUUGUAA